AGUGCGGACGUCAAGAAGUAGAAGAAGUAAACCCGACAUGGCGGCGUGGGCACGGCUGUCCUUUCGCUCCCCUCCCAAGUUUCUCCUCCCGAGGAACCACAAGCUCGUCCACUCCGAGGCGGCCGUCACGGAGGUUGUCUACCCGCCCAUCGAGCCCUCUCUCACGGCCAAAAGCCAAUCGGCCCGGCGGCAUCAAGCCGAGGUGUACAUAGAGCGGAUUAAAGCCUCCCCGGUGGAGGAGAAGCUGCGCCUCCUCACUCGCAUCCAGCGGAAGAAGUUCGUGGUUUACCCGCAGACGUUCGCCCGUGACGCGGACAGAUGGUACCAACAUUUGAGCAAGACCGCCUACAUCCCCGGCCUGCCGGACACUCUAAGCCCGCAGCGGCAGCACGUCGCCGGGGGGGACGGCUCGCAGUCUGCGCCUGCGCCAACUCAAGUCCCCGGCAUCGACCAUGAGGCGUUUGAGGACAUCCGCUCCCUGGUGACCAACGUGAUCCUCCAGGAGCACCGGGACAUUAACAAGCGCAAAGUCUUCUUGUACCGCAAGCAGGAACUCAUCGAGGGCCCUUUUCUCAGGACCCUGAUCACCGCCCUCACCCACAAGCUGGCCAUUUAUAACCCGCUGCUGCUCCUCUCCAGCCUGGACAGAGACCCCCAGGUGGGAUUUUACUGGAGGAGAGGGGAGAGGAUCCUCCCUCGGGGACACAGGAGAGGACAUCUGGAGCCCACAAGGUUCCAGAUAGACGACCAGCCCCUCUGCCAGAUUAGAGUCACCCAACAGCUGCCUCAGGUGGUCCCGAUGGAGGACUCGUACGGCGCGGACGUCCCAGAGGUUCCCUUCGCCCCCAACCUGAUGCCCAUGUUCAAGCGCCAGUACACCAAUCACAUCUUCACAGGUUCGAAGCUCCCGGACCCGGCCUGUUUCGGCCACACCCAGUUCCACCUGGUCCCGGACCGCUACCACCGAGAUCGCUUUGCCAGGAAGCAGCAGUCGGACCAGAUCGAAGUCUUCCUGAGGGCCAACGCCCUGGCCAGCCUCUUUGCUUGGACGGCGGCUCAGGCGUCCUAUCAAGGUUUCUGGUGCCACGAAGACCUGAGCCGACCCUUCGUGUCGCAGGCGGUGAUCACGGACGGAAGGUUCUUCUCCUUCUUCUGCUACCAGCUCAACACGCUGGCCCUGUCGGCUCAGACGGACGUCAACAACACCCGCAAGAACCUCCUGUGGGGGACCGGCAGCCUGCGUCUCUUCGAGGGCGUGGAGGACGGGCGAGUGCUGGGUCUCAACGAGGACACGCUCAGGCUGCUGCUGCGCUUCUUCCUCCGGCGCUGAGUCCGCCUCUUCCGCCACCAAAGUGGGAAUUUGUACAAAAUCUUGCAGAAAUCAACUUGUAUUUAUGAAUAAAUGGUUUCCAUGGUAA